AUAAAAGUAACAGAAAAUAAAGUAUUAAAUGUAUGUAAAUAUACAGCGAAAACAGAUUACAAACAAAAAAAAGCAAAAAUCGAACGAAGAAAUUAAUUUUUUUUUAGUUGCCUACUUUUUAUAAUUAUUAAUAUGUGGAUGUAGAUGCGAUUCAACUGGAACAGAAUCUAGAAAUGGUACCAACGUUGGCACUUUAACUAACAAACCCUGCAUUUGGUGGUCUAUUAAAUAUCUAAUAAUCUAAACCACGAUGGGGGUGGCCCAGUGGUGCGUGUGAUAAACGGCGCCGGCCCACACGGCAGGACCGAGUUCAAAUCCCAUUCGGACCGUUCUCCCGUAGCAAGGACUGACUAUCCGGCUACGUGGUAAAAAUAAGUCUAGUAAGCCAGUAAUGGCCGGCGUGACCUGUAAGAUCGUUAAAGCCAAGAAGAGAGAGAAAGAGAGAGAGAGAGAGAGAGAGAGAGAGAGAGAGAGAAUCUAAACCGCGUAAGCAGUUUUCGGAAUAGGGAAGUGAGAUUCAAUCCAGAUUUGAUCUUAAUGUGAUCGUGCAAAUGUGAAACACAUCCAAAUUCCAAAUUCGAAAUUCAAAACAAGAGAAAUAAGAGAUCAAGAGAGAUUCAAGAGGUCAAGAGAGAUUGACCUAUAGAACCUAUUGAACGCAGAUAAUUGAUAACGAAUUAUAAAAGAUAGUAGAAUACAUAAAGAAACAUGUCGAUACUAUUUAACAAUUAUGAUUUGAGUAUUCCUUUCUACAACUUGACGAAUUUAAUAUAUUCGACUUUUAAUUCACAUAAUUACAACCUGAACUGCACCAAAAAACCUUGGGGAAUUGUAUGUCACACCGCAUUACUCAUCUACCAGUAACAGUAUAAAAACGAUACAUUGUCGUAACUUUCACAGUAUCAGUGGGUCCAACCAUCGAAACAAUCAUCUGAAUAGUUAAUAAAUGUAUUCCAGGGUUGCACCCAAGUUCACAUAUCCGUUGCACACACACAUAAAUUAUAAUUUGAUCCAAAGUAUAAGAGACAAAGUCAAAAGUGCCGAAACUGUGCUGAUUUCGUUUCGCAAUUGUGUCCAAAAUUCGGGUCGAAAUGCAUGGAACCGAAACUUUUCGCUUCUCCUAUAGUGUGUCGUCCAUAUACCGACAUGUUGCAUUCGAAAGUUAUGGCUUCGUCGAUACGAGCGUAAAGCGACUGGAUCACAGUCGUUAAUUAAAGCUCCUACUUGUUGGAACAUUCAGAAGCUUCUAGUGAAGUGUCUACUAAAGUUAUACGUGUUUUCCUGCCCUGCUUAUUACCCCAAACUCUGAUAAAAAUGGUGUUAAUCCAGUUUGGAGCAAAUCGGUUAGUUUCAAUUUUCUUAACUAUAAUGAGUUUAGUUUCACUUAAAAGCAAUGAUUCUAUCUUGCCCGAACAAUAUACUUAGACCAUCGAUAGUAGAAGAACUGUUACAGGAUAAACGGUUCUUUAGCUCACUGCCAAAGCACGGACCACUGGCCGAGUAUCGUAAUGUGGCCUCGAUCGAUUGGCGUAGGAUGCGCUUUUCCUUCAUAGAUUUGCGCGGGCUUGAAUUGCAACAUCGACUUUAUUGGCUGUUUCGUACGAGUGAACCAUUCAUACGGGGGCAAACCGUACGUGACCUUCCCACCGAUGAAAGACGACGGUUAGCCAUGGUACAGCUGCAGCUGUUGCAUCGUGAACGUCUCUUUAAUUAUGAAACCUUUGUGGAGCGUCCAGAUCUUGCAUCCGUUUACUAUGCAACCAUUGCCGAAUAUGAUUUGUCCCUGCUGGUGCGUCUAACCGUCAACUAUCUAUUCUUCACCGGUGCUAUUCGCAUGUACGACGAACCCAACGGUCGUUUAGCGCAUAUAAUCGAACAGACAGAAGCAGGACAGAUAACUGGUUCAUUCGCGUUAACCGAAGUUGGACACGGUACGAAUGCCCGGGCAAUUCGAACCCGAGCAACAUACGAUCCUGUUCACCGUGAGUUUAUCCUCAACACACCGGAUUUUGAAGCGGCAAAAUGUUGGGCAGGAAAUUUAGCCAAAAGCUGCACGCAUAUGAUCGUCUGGGCACAGUUGUAUACGGCGGAUGGAGAAUGCCAUGGGAUCAGUGGAUUUUUGGUGCCGAUUCGUGACCGCUAUACGCUGCAACCUUUCCCCGGUUUGUUGGUGGGCGAUUUGGGCGAGAAAGCUGGUUUAAAUGGCGUAGACAAUGGGUUUGUAAGUUUCCAACACUAUCGUAUUCCGCGAGAUCAUUUACUAGCACGAUUCGGCGAUGUUAAUGAGGUGACGGGAAAGUUUGAAUCGACGAUCGAUAGUGCUGCGGAACGAUUUGCCUUAUUAAUGGGACCACUUGUGUUGGGUCGGCUUAACAUCUGUAUCGUUUCACAAACGUUACUCGCUAAAGCGCUCACCAUCGGGAUUCGUUACUCAGCUGUCAGACGUCAAUUUGGGCCAACAAUUGAUGCUCCAGAGGUACCGAUUCUAGAGUAUCAGUUACAACAACACCGAUUAUUGCCCUAUCUGGCUACUUGUGUGGCACUGAAGAUGUUCAAUCGAUGGUUUGCCAGUGUGACCGGAAAUGCGCAGAUCCGUAUGCUUCGGGCAGAACCGAUCGAGAGUGCCCUACUGCUCGAGAUACAUAUCGUUGCAUCCGCCGUCAAACCUAUCUGCAGCUGGGCGGCUCGAGAUGGUAUUCAGGAUUGCCGAGAAGCUUGUGGCGGCCACGGUUACCUUCGCAUGGCAGGACUUGCAGACAUACGGGUGGACAAUGACGCGAACUUGACUUACGAGGGUGAGAAUAAUGUGCUGCUGCAACAGGUGUCCCAACAAUUGUUAGGUAUUCGAACGAGGGGCGAUUACGCCGCCUUCGCGCUGAUGUCUCCUCUCGGAUCGUUGACAUUUCUAUCCGACUACGGGCAGAUAAUGCAGCAACGUCACGAAUGUUCUACGGUGGAGCAAGUGCAAGAUCUCAAAGUCAUUCUCGAUACGCUUAGUUGGCUCACGGCUUACACGCUCGAACAAACCUACCGACGUGCCCAGGAAUUACUUGGAGAGGGUUGCCAGAAAUUCGAUGUUCGAAAUAAUACACAAAUCUUCUACGCCAAGGAUCUGGCCAUAGUGUUUGGAGAGGUAAGUUACGAGCGUAUCAGUAAGCGGAGUUCACGAGGACGACUUUAUUCUCCUUUUCAGCGUACAAUUUUCAGUGCCUUUUGUGACUUUCUCGAGACAAUGGAACUCGCACCAGAGCGAACGUAUCUAACGCGUCUAGCCGAACUGUACGGUACGACACUUCUGCUAAAACACAUGGCAACCCUGCAAAGCGCAGGAUACUUCAAUAUGGACGCUUUGCGGUUGGUACAGGAAGCGAUCAUACGAUUGCUACCCAUAGUAAAGCGAGAUGCAGUAGCGAUGAUAGACUCGCUGGCACCACCUGACUUUUUACUCAAUUCACCUCUUGGUGCUUCCGAUGGCAACAUAUACGGUCGCAUGGAAUCGGAACUAAUGGCCGGCCAGAAUGUCACCGGACGUGCAACAUGGUGGAAUGAAAUAAUACCAUCAUCAUCAAAGUUGUAAUCCUUGGAAGAAGGUUAAUGUACCUUUCAAAGCACUUUUUUUCAAAAAAAAUAAUGGGAAUUAUAAAGUUUAUGACUCUUUCAAACAAUCCAAACUUUAUACAACUGUUUCACUCAUUAUCUUCGUAAAUAAAUCAUUUCAUGCCGAAAAU